AUGUUCUUCAGCGAGAUAAUGAAAGAAGAUUCUGAUAUAAUGGGGUGUAUUAGCUCUAGAGUCAGACAUCUUGUCCAGCUUCAUUGCAAAAUUGCUCUUAGGAAAAUUCUUAAGAAAUACGACAAAGUGCACAACUCUGUAAGUGGUGUGAACUUCAGGGGUGAAAUCUACAAGCCCAAAGAUGAAGUAUUUGGUAAUGCAGGACGCAUAACUGAACCAGAAUUACUUCUAAAACGAAGUUGUAGAUCAUGUUCAAGACUCACCUGUUUUCCACAGUAUAAUGAUCCUAUAAAGCUUCUUCAAACAAAGAAGGGUCGUUAUGGGGAGUCGGCCAAUUUCUUCUCACUCUAUUGCAGAUCAUUUGGCUAUGAAACUCGUCUGUGUGAACCACCGCGUGAUGUUGAAGACUACAUUCACCGAUCUGGGAGGACAGGAAGGGCGGGAAAUUCAGGUGUUGCAAUUACACUUUAUGAGCCCAGAAAUUCAAAUAUUUCAAAAUUAGAGAGGGAGGCAGGUGUGAAAUUUGAACACAUAUACGCCCCUCAACCUGCUGAUAUUGCUAAAGCUGUUGGUGGUGAUGCUGCAGAAGCUAUAAUUCAAGUUGUUGAUAGUGUGAUCCCUGUUUUCAAGUCGGCUGUUGAAGAGUUGUUAAACAAUUCCGGCCUAACACCAGUAGAGCUUCUUGCAAAGGCACUUGCCAAGAGCAUUGGGUAUACUGAAAUCAAGCACAUGUCACUCUUAUCAUCUAUGGAAAACCAUGUCACGUUGCAUCUUGAGGCUGGAAGACCUGUUUACACACCUUCUCUUGAGAAGGAUUAUGGAAUGAAAUAUUGUCCAUAUGAAGCAGGUGUUGAUGUUUUCUUGUCUGGAUACGUUUUUCACUUGAAGAUUUUACAUGAGAGAGGCCUAGACUUGUUAAAUGGACAAUCUGAAAGUUAUCAAGUAAAGAGAGUUUCCUCAAAGGUAGCAAGGAAAGAAUUAAGAAUGUUGAAGCUGGCUGCAAGAGAUGUUGGAGCUCUUAGAGAAGCUAAGGACAAACUGGAGAAGUGCGUUGAAGAGCUGACAUGGAGAUUAGACUUUGAAAAGCAGUUGAGGGUAUAUUUUUUUAUAUUUCUUGUAUCUAAUUAG